CGGCAUUAGGUGCUUGGGGUAUGAGUGGCUAGUCAGGCACACGUUGUUGCAAAGUUACAUUCGCCAUGCCAACCUCCGCUGCUACUACCAACACGGCCGUGGAAUACGUUGAGCCCGGCCACCCAGCCGCCCACUCGCACCGCGCCGUUCGUCGUGCCAUCAUGAUCACUAUCAUGUCGAUCGUGGGGUACCCCGUCCUCCUCGCGCUGGCCAUUUUCAAGUACGACUUCAUCGUGUCGGUGUUUUCGCCCGCAUCACAGUCGUCGAUAAAGAAGCACCCAAAGUACAAGGAUGCUUCGCUGUGGGCUCGUGUGUGGGCCGCACCCGUCGGCCAAUUGUACCUCCGUGGUAAUCUCGAGUUCCAGCUCCAGGAAGGGUACUGCAUGCCCACGACCCUGCGAAACGUGCUCAAGUCGAUUCCGACCGUUAACGCCAAGGACAUUCCCGAAGCCAAGCCUGGUCCAUCCACCCCGGAACGAUACGCCGCCAAGAUUGACGCCAUCGGACACACCACUUCCACGGUCGUAUUUGGAAGCGAUGGCUAUGACGCAUUCAUCGCAGCAUUGAAGCGGGCAAACGAUCCCAACUACCGUGUUGCACUCAACUUCUUACGGUCCCCCGUAUUUGGCAUCAACAGCCCAUCGUUUGUGCCGCACAACUUGCUCCUUGCGUUGGCGGGCGGGCACUUUUCCAACAUUGUUGGGUACGUCGAAGACGAAGAUCUCGUCGCUGUGUUCGACGUGAACCACACGUAUGGCCCCUUCUUUGUCGAGUCCCGGCGACUCUACGAUGCAGUCAAUGCGCACGACUUUCAGUCAGGAAAGACUCGGGCCCUCAUCGUGUCGCAGUUGCAUAAGAGCUAGGCCACGAGAGGCUCUACAACAGCCACCAAGCGUCUAGAAUUGUUACGACGGGAUAUGUCCGUCAGCCCAUUCUGUUCGACGUCGAUCUAGGGGAUUUCCAAAAUAAUCCAAUCGUGCAAGCAUGCAGCCGUCGCGCAACUCGUGUCCGUCAAUCAGGGUUUUCAUCGGUCAUCCUCGUCGGACCUAGAUGGGGCCAAGUCAUGUAGGUCCAUUGAAACAAUUGUAACCAUGGCUGUGUUCGGCCCCCAUGUCAUGCAUCA